AUUCAUGUUUACAUUUGUCGGUUCCGUUCUCUCGGCGUCCGGCCAGCAGCACAGCACUUCCAGACCGUCCCUGGGAACGCCUGCACGGAGAGCUGCUCACCGCGGGAACCAGGGAGAACGCUUUUUGGAGGGAUGUUCGUAUCAGGGGCUGUGUGGAGAUGAGACGAGGUUCUUCACCGGUUUCUCAGCUGUGGAGCACACCGGCAUCUUCAGGAGCCCUUGAAGCCAAACGGCCCCGCUAGAAAGAGGAGUGGAGGCAAACAGAGCAAUUUCCUCAUAAAUGUGAAAUCAGCUCCAACGGGAUGGGACUACCUGUGGACAGCCCAGAUCAAAAUAGUGAUGCACACAGAUAUGAGCAGCAGGGAGAGGAAGAAGGAGGGGAAAGCCAAACGGAUAGCCGCGUCCCCAUCCAGCCGCCCCCCAUCACCAAGAAGAGAAAGAAAAACAGGAGGAGAUUGGCUAUCAACCUCAACAACUGCAAAUAUGAAAGCGUGCGGCGAGCUGCCCGCAGAUACGGCCUCAGAGAGGCAACGGACGAUGAAGACUGGACUCUGUUUUGGACGGAUUGCUCUGUGUCUCUGGACCGUGUCAGGGACAUGAAGCGUUACCAGAAAAUAAACCAUUUCCCAGGGAUGAGUGAGAUCUGCCGCAAAGAUCUCCUGGCAAGGAACAUGAACCGAAUGCUGAAACUUUUCCCCAAAGACUACAACAUCUUCCCCAGAACAUGGUGCCUCCCUGCAGACUACAGUGACUUCCAAGCCUACACCAGAGCCAAAAAGCACAAGACUUACAUCUGUAAGCCGGACAUGGGUUGCCAAGGUAAAGGCAUCUUCAUCACCAAAUCCACGAAAGACAUCCAACCUGGAGAGCACAUGAUCUGUCAGGUUUACAUCUCUAAGCCUUUCAUAAUCGACGGAUUCAAGUUUGACCUGAGGGUUUAUGUGCUGGUGACGUCGUGUGACCCCUUCCGGAUAUUCAUGUUUAAGGAGGGGCUGGCUCGCUUUUGCACCACCAAGUACAACGACCCUACGCAGGGGAACGUGGGCGAUGUGUGCAUGCAUCUCACCAACUACUCUAUCAACAAGAACAGCGAGAACUUUGACAAGGAUGAGGACUUUGGCAGCAAACGGAAGCUGUCCACCCUCAACAUGCACCUGGAGCUCAUCGACUGCAACACGGAGAAAUUGUGGAACGACAUCGAGGACAUCAUCGUUAAGACGCUGAUAUCCGCUCACCCCAUCCUGAAGCACAACUACCACACGUGUUUUCCCAACCACACCAGCGGCAGCGCCUGUUUCGAGAUCCUCGGCUUCGACGUGCUGCUGGAUCACCGGCUCAGACCCUGGCUGCUGGAGGUGAAUCACUCCCCUAGUUUCACUACCGACUCCCAGCUGGAUCAAGAGGUGAAGGAUGCGCUGCUGUACGACACUCUGGUUCUCAUCAACCUGCGCGCCUGCGACCGUCGCAAGAUCACCAUGGAGGAGAGACGCAGGGUGAAGGACAGGCUGCAGCAAAACCUCUCCAGAGAGGCCAGGACAGAGGAGCUGCGACAGUGCCAGGCAGCCACGGUGGAACAGAUGGAGGAGUACGAAGCCAAACACCUGGGGGGCUUUAAACAGAUCUACCCCAGAGAGGGGGGCGAGAAAUACGACAAGUACUUCAAACACAGCAGCUCGCUCUUCCAGGAGACGGCUGCGUCCAAGGCCAGAGAGGAGUGUGCCAGGCAGCAGCUGCAGGAGCUGCGUCUGAAGCAGGAGCAGAAGGAGCGGCACUUGAAGGGCGGCAGGAGGAGAGAGCUGCAGGGGGAGACGGCGGGGGAGAGGGUCAAACCCCGGCGAGCGUCGACACAGCCUCCCUGUGACCUGCUGCCUUCGGGUCUGUCCCGUGAUGACGCUCAGUCCCGUCUGUCUGGAGCUGUUUUGGGUUUAGCGGCUCCGCACGUCCAGGAGGAGGAGGUGAACGAGGAGGAGGAGCAGGAGCGACUCGACUCCCUGCUCCAGAGGAAGAAACUGGUGCAGGACCUGGGGGUGGUGGGCCAGGUCCACGAGCUGCUGCAGAACCGGACGGAGGGAGGGGGCGUCUGGCAUUACUCCAGAGUACACUACCACCGGAGUAAACAUCACAGAAAAGAGACGGACUUGCUGACGCGGGUCUCUCAAAGGACGACGCAGCAGCAGUUCACGCAGCAGCAGCCCCACUCGCGCGUGACUCAGCAGCAUCUGCUGGGGCCCACAGUGGAGCAGAGGAGCCCGGUGGAGCCCUCCUGCCUGCAGUCACAAGCCGAGAGCCUCGGCAGGAUGGGAGAGACUCGCACAACCUCGGGGGCCCAGCCGGGGCCCUGUCAGGCUACGAGCUCUGUGGAUGUCACAAAGUCCAGGGGAAGGAUCCCCGUCAUGAACCAGCUCCCUAAGGGGGGUCUGCACUGUGCCAAUGCGUCCUACCACCCCACGGACCUCCAGAGCCUCCUGGUCGUCUCCACGCGCGUCCCGCUGCUCAGCAGGCCUGGCUUCCCUCACGUCGUCCAGAACUCCCCCCACAGAGCCCCCCGGCCCGGUAAACGACUCUGAGGAGCAGGACCGCCGACCUCUGGGAACUGGGAGUCCGGAGCUGCUGCUGAGCUUUCCAGGAUUUGUAAAAGCCCACCCCCCGGCUGUUGGAGGCAGAGGAAUAUUUAACUUGAGGAUAUAGUAAAAUACACUGUAUGUGCCUGUAUGAAAAAUGCUAUUAUGCAUUUUACAUCUGCACAGCUCAGGUUUACAGUCCUUGGAAUAAAAUAACCUGCAAAUAUAUUUUACAUCCUAUAAAACCCACAUUAAGUGCCAUAAUAAAAAUCUGACUUAUCUGCUGUAUUAAAAAAAAAGAGAAAUGCAUAUCAUCUGAGAACAUCUUCCAAUGACUGGAUUUUGAAUAAACAAACCGGUUCUUUGAAA